CCCCACUUGUCCUUCUCAUAGGCGUAUCCAUAGGUCUCCUAGUAGCACGCCUCGUCUUCCCUCCUUCUUCUGCUUCUUCUCCAUGGUUAGGCGGCAGUGGGGCUACGAAACUACGCGCAGAUCACCGGCCAGCAGGGAGGAGGAGCGCACAGAUGCCAACUAUCGACCAGCGACGCAGGGUGCUGGAACUCGUCACUCAUCUCUCCGCUCACCAUACACGGGAAUGCACGCGCAACGCACAACAACAAUAUAUCAAUCAAGCGCACCAGAGGUAUGCCCCCCUCAUCGGGCACGCUCCUCCCCCUCGCCGCUCUUUCCCGUGGAGCGAACCCGAACCCCCCGAGAUCCAGAAACAGCGUAAGCGCGCAGAAGUAGCCGCGAGGCAGCACAAGUACUUCUUCGCUAUCAACCUCUACAACUCGUUCGACGUUAUCCCCGAUAUCUUCUCCACGCUCUUCCGUACCGGAGCUAUUCUGGGCUAUCACAACGUCUUUGUGUCGAUAUACGAGAACGGGUCGAAGGACCAGACCAAGGCCCUACUGAGGAUAUUCGACGCGCUCACGAGGGCAGUAGGCAUGCGCGUCGUCAUCCGAACUUCGCAGCGCACUCGAGGCCAGUUCAACCACAGGAUCGAAUACCUCGCCGAGGUGCGGAAUAGCGCCCUCGUACCCCUGCACGAGCAGAGGGACAACGAAGGCGAGGUGUUCGACAGCGUCGUAUUCAUGAACGAUAUCCUGCCGUGCGUGGACGACCUGCUCGAACUGAUCUGGCAGAGUCGGCGACAAAAUGCCGGGCUGACAUGCGCAGCGGACUACAUGUUCCACGACGAGCUCAACACGCCUGUGUUCUACGACAACUGGGUGGCGCGGGAUAUCAACGGCACUGCGCUCGAGAACGCGCCUUUUGAGCACGUAUUCCACCACCCCGAGAGCGCGAGACGGUUCCAGGUGCACCUACCCGUUCAAGUCCAGUCCUGCUGGAACGGAGUGGCCAUACUCGACCCUGCUCCGCUCUACGCUGCCCCGCAUGUGAGGUUCAGGAUGGCCAAGCUCAGUCAGGGAGAGUGCUCUGCUAGCGAGUGCUCGUUGAUCGGGAACGAUUACUGGAAUGCGGGAUAUGGGAGGAUCAUCAUGGUCCCUCGUGUGAAACUCGCUUAUGACCAAAAAGUAUACGAUAUCAUCCACCCCCCUCGGCAGAACCUGACCGCGAUACGGAACUACGUCCGCCUAGGAGGGCUAGCUGAUGACCCCCGCGCAGAUCCGCAGGACCGGACCUGGUUCGGACCGCACGACAGGCUGUUCAUCGAGGAGGAAAGUGAGGGGAUCGAGUUCAAGCCUGGGCCAGAGUCUGUCUGGUGCUGGGGAUGGGACGGCGCGGGAGAUUUGGACGGGCCGGACGUUGACCCUAUAUGGGAAAAGAUGGACGAGAGGAGUACGAAGCCCGAAGCGGUGGAGGUGAAACAUGAUCGGGGGUUGGACUUGUAGCGCGCGGAGCUGGAGCUGGAGCUGUGGUUGGUGUGGUUUGGAUUGGUUUGAGUAGGCGUAGGUGGAUGCUUGGGGCUUCUGGGCGGAAGUCUGCAGCUCGCUGGCUUGCGUGACGAGCAGAACUGGGUGAGAAGGUG